AUGCCUAGCUACACGCCCUCUAGUCCUGUGAACUGCGAUGUUGACUUUGAUUAUUCAACAUUGAAAGGACAAACAGCUAUUGUCACAGGCGGUGCAAACGGACUCGGCGAAGCUUAUGUUCGCUCCCUCGUCACUGCAGGGGCUGUCGUGUGUAUCGGUGAUCGUGACAUCAAGGGAGGACAGAAACUCGAAGCAGAGCUUCCAGGUGUGAAAUUCAUCGAAUGUGAUACUUCCAAAUGGGAAGAUCAAGUCCGACUAUUCCGUGAAGCCGUUUCAUUUUGGCCGAAUGGGAAGAUCUCGUAUGUGGUAGCUAACUGUGGCAUUCACCGAAAUGAUGCAGUCUUUUCGUACUCCGGUGACGGUCAAGAACCGGAAAAGCCCGACUUGACAACCAUUGAUGUCAACCUCACCGGGACGCUGUACACGGCGAAAUUGGCGUCUCAUUAUUUUAUCAAGCAGAAUGGACAGGCGCCAUCUUCAACCCAAGAAGAUACAUGUCUUGUGCUCAUCGGAUCAGGUGCAGCCUUUUUGGACUGUCCUCGUGCUCCUCAGUAUUGUGCUACCAAAUGGGCAAUGCGAGGGAUUAUGCAUUCUUUGCGACGGACAGCCUUUUUCUACGGAAGUCGGGUGAAUAUCAUCUCACCAUGGUACGUUAAAACAAACAUUCUUUCAGAGGAGGCAUUUGCGCAUGUGGCUGGUGUGGGAGUGGAUUUCGCAGAAGCAUCCGACGCAGGGAACUGUUUGUUGCGGAUUUUGAGUGAUACUGGUGUCAAUGGCCGUUCAUUAUUUGUUUGUCCAAGAAAAUGGGCCCCUCGGGGCUACAUGGACCUCGACUUGGAGGAUUACUCUGAUAAUUCCCUCCUCCAAGAGAUUCAAGCAGAUCAGGUGAAAUCUGCCCCUGUCGAGCUGGGUCUUUUUGUGUAG